AUGCUCCAUAGAACACCUGGAUACUACAAUGUAGUCCGCCCUCUUCGAGAUGGGGUUAUUGCAGAUUUAGGGAUGACAGAGCUCAUGAUACGACACUUCAUGGAAAAAGUCUUGCAUCAUAGAAGGUUUGUAAGCCCACGUAUCACCAUUGGUGUGCCCUCAUGUAUUACCGAUGUCGAGAAGAGGGCGGUAGUCGAAUGCGCAGAACGAGCAGGAGCUCGCCAAAUUAGAGUGAUACACGAGUCACUUGCGGCAGCCCUUGGAGCUAAAUUGCCCAUCUAUGAACCUGAGGGCAAUAUGAUCUGUGACAUAGGGGGUGGCACCACUGAAAUAUCAGUGCUAUCAUUGGGGGGUACAGUAAUAUCCAAUGCCAUACGGGUGGGGGGAGAUGAGUUUGAUGAAGCUAUUAUUCGAAAAAUACGCAACGAAAAUAACAUAACUAUAAAGCAGCCAACAGCAGAAAAAAUUAAAAUGACCAUUGGAACCCUAGAUCUAAAAGGAAAAGUAGAAACAAUGGAAAUUCGAGGACGUGAUGCACUUACUGGGCUUCCAAAGCGAUUAGAAAUAAACAGCAAAGAAAUUGCGUCAGCACUUAUGGAACCCUUUAAUAUUAUACUUGAUGAAGUAAAAAAGACGCUCUCUCAAACACCAGACGAGCUUGUUUCUGACAUUAUUGAACGUGGAAUAGUGCUUGCGGGAGGAGGAGCACUUCUUAAGGGUAUCAAUGUAAAAAUCGCAGAAGGCACUGGUGUCCCUGUUAUUAUAACUGAUGAUCCACUUCGUUGUGUUGCUGAUGGUGCUGGGAAGUAUUUUGAGCAUGAAAAGAAACUAAAAACUCUCUUUCAGCACUAA